UUACUACAUGGUAGGGCUAAUCUGUCUUUAUGACGUAGGUACAUGUGAUAGGUGCAAUGAUCUUUGGCCUUAGUAUAAUUAAUAUCAGCAUUAAUUAUAUUCAUAAGCAGUUCAAACUUCAGGGUUUAGGUACAUGUAUUUUGUUACCACAAACGAAAAAACGAAAUCCACUUGACGCGUCCUUGUAUCCGUAAUACGGAUUCCGUACGGCCUCAAUCUACUCAUACCUCAAAGGUUCAAAGGUAAUGCAUGCUAGGUCAUUACAUUAUUACUAUAUAUGCUUAUUUAUAAUUUCAUAUUUAUUGCGUGCUACCAAACCAAAUAAACAGGCAAAUAAACCUCAAGAUUUUUAAUGCCGAAUUUCAUCAAGCUCGUACUUACGAGAACCUACAUUCAAAAACACGCCUAACUACAGAUGUAGUGAAUAAUCCUUUCCCAUCGUAUUUUCUCGGAAUCGUUCGUUUUUGUCAUGUGUCUUCAAUCAACCUCAGUACUUUUGAUAUCGAGACUGACUGAAAUAGCAAGACACGUUCGUGCGUUUCCGUGAAAAUACGAUGGGAAAGGAUUAUUCACUACAUCUGUACCUACAUUCAAAUAUGGCUAAUUUUCCUAAAUAUAUCAAGUUGCUUAAAACGUAAUGCCUGAAUACAAAUCCCACGAGAUAGUCAGCCGACAUUAGCAGACGGAGUCAGAAACUCAUUAAGAAAGCAAUUAUAAAUCGUAAACACACAAGAAAGGUCAAAAGCACUAACAUCUAGGUCUGUAUUCUUAUCGCUCAAGAGUCCAACGCUUGGAUGAACCAGUCUAAGUGUUAUCUAAAAUUCUUGCAUUCGUGGCAGUCUUCGUGCUCGUGAUCUCUUGACCGUCAAUCUUUGUAGACCAAAUUUAACUUUAGUCUGCUCAAAAGUCUUCUUAGUGACUUCUGCCCGAACAUAAGUAAAUAAUAUAAAAUAUUGUCAUAAAACAUGGUGACAGGACAUAAACUUGCAUUUGACAGAGCAUGUUAAUAAUGACAAAGUUCAUAUAAAAAUCAGCCGAACCUUAUUUAAUGUAAGGUGAAAUGUAGCACUUCAAUGGCCUAAAGAUUUAGUGGUGGGUUUGGUUCGAUGCCCUCUUUUGAACGAGGGUAUGAAACUGGGGUGGUGAUGUUAUUCGUCAUUUUAUGAACGAAGUGGCGUCUGUCUCAAGUGAAACAGAAAACGUAAGAAAAUAGACCCUAAGCAGUAAAUUAGUGCAACCGAUAUAAAGGUUAAGAUAAGAGAUAGGCAGAGUAUUAGCUAACCUAGACAUUUGUAACAAUUAUGCGUAAUCCGAGUGUUCAUUCGGAUUGGAUUUUGUCAGCAUUCGACUUACUUCCGCAAGCGUUUGAAAUACAAUCCUCGGUAUUAUUUAUUACCAUACAUAUAAUUUUGACUCUUCACUGACACUCCAAGAAACUAAGGACACCUCAUCAGGCAUAUUGCCAUCAUCCCUGAUAAUGCCAGUCGGCUCAAGAAGAGCAGGCACAUUGAUGGUGGCAAGAGACUGACGAAUUAUGUCAAUAAGCGACGCAUGUCUUGAAAAAACAACCUGCACUUUUUUGACAAGAUAAUCCAUGGUGUCCCAGUUCGUCCACGUUCGUGCCACAAGAGCAUAUGUGUGACGUACAUACCGAAACCCCGAGUCGCACACCAGUCGCCACUCUAAUAAGGGAGGUCGGAUCCAAGAAAAUACCAGUACUAGGUGAAUGGUGGGCAUGUAGCCAGUAACCAGCUUCCCGGGCUCCGACCGCCAAAAGCCUUGCGCGAUCUGGACCGCUACAGUUGUGUAGAAGAGUAUUGUAAAUUAAAACGUUAUUAGUAUAUUAACAUAUAUAUCGGGCGUGUUUCGUAUUUCGUGGUAGUUAUCUUCAUUAACAAUUUUUACCAGAUAUGACGGUAGGUAUUUUAUUUGAUCAAUCACUCAUUUUUGCCAGGAAAUGUUCUAUGUCUGUUUAUCACUCAACGAUAUUGGUUGUUCUUAGAUAAUGCCUGCGAUGUAAAUAUAUCCCUGUUUGUAUAAGCCGUCCAAGCGCUAACGGGGGUUCUGGGACCGAAAAGCUCCAUACAGCAUAUCCGUCAUUUAGUAACCCGCUUCAUUGCCCAGAUUUGGUGGUGGUGCUUUAGAUGCGUAGACGAGAGCGCGCCGAGUUCUCAGCUGAACUGAACCAUUGUAACUGAUCUCCAUGGGCGUCGCCAAGGGGGGGCAGAAUAAAAUUUCUAACUAAAUGUAUGCCCCUCCCCCUCCCCUUGGCCAUCAGCCAAAUGAACUUCAACGCCCUUGCUGAUCUCGAUAUACACAAAGCUGCCUUUCCACAGAGGCGGAGAUGAGAGCAGACGUGCGGAAAUCAACCUUCUCCACUCUGGUGGAUUACCACCAAUGAUAUUCGUUAAUUUCCGCACGUCUCCUUUCAUGUCUACCUCAGUGGAGCCUAAUAACCGCACUCGGUCGAAGAGCGCAUUGGUUCGCUUAGACUUUCGGAUUGAAAAAAAUCCUUUAUCGACCCACUCCCAAAGCAGAUACGGAAUCUCAGGACAGUCAGCACCAUCUUUAUAAUGUGUCGCUUGGGAACACAACCGUGUUUAUGAAAGCCAUGCUAAGUGAAGCCAAAUGCGCUAACAGAGGUUCUGUGACCGAGAAUUCCCCCCAUUUGCCAAUUAAUUGUCAGCAUUAUUGCCCGGAUUUGGUCGUGUAUUCCCUCGAGUGAGCACUAGCGAAUCGAAUUCUCGGGCGAUCCAGAACACACACAUUCUGUGACUUCGAGAUGUAUAACAAGCGAACCUUAUUUUCAAUGAACUGCAAAAUUGAUAACGGGUUUGGUAACAACUAGUGGCAGGGCGUCCAUAGAGAUCGAACCGGUUUCCCUAUUUUUCAAUUAUUGAGCUCCAUAUCCUAUGACUUUCCUAAUUUUCAGCACCAUAUACUUCAAGACUCAGUGAAAAAAGUAAGAGAAGCUAUACCUAACACCGAAAGCUUCCAAUGGUUCCACGACAGUGACUAAACGCAUUACUCGUACAUUUUUGUGUCUUAUCUAGUCCGUUUAAGCAUUCGACUCUCCUUUGUUAUACAUAAAACCAUGUGUUUUUUUUGACAUAACACCAUGUAUAAAACACCGCAACAAUAUGAGCAUAAUCAAUCGACAUAUAUCACGUAUAUCGGAACCACUUCAACUGGUUCGCCUUUGGCAAAAACUGGCUCACGCUCUGAUCGAAAUAGCACCACGUUUGUGGAAGCCGUGUUUAGCUGAAGCCACACGCGCUAACAGGGACUGAGACCAGGGACCGACUCUGUUUUAACAAUUUGUUAACACCUCACAUCGCUAGAAACUGGAAGCUACACGCGCCGCCCGCCACAUUUCCUUUCCACCUCGUAACCUCGGUCGUCUGUAAUUUUUUUUUUACUGCGAGUUAAUUAGUUUAAAUAAUGUUUACCGUAUUUUUGUAUAGCCACUAGUAAAUAUUUCAUUAAAACCCCCUCACCCUAUUAAUACGCCCCUACCCUAUUAAUGUAUGCCGAAUUGGCAGGCUGGCCUAUUUCCAAUCUUUGACAGCCGGCUAGCUCAAUUAAAAUACUGCAUUUCCGCCUCAGAGGAUAUAGCUCACAUCCCAUUUUGAUGACCUUGAGUCGUGCCAUCACGCAUCAAAUCACGCUUCGUGAGCCUGUAUCAAAAUAAGAUGACAACCACAUCAAUUUUUUAAGACAGAACCGGCUCCCAGGAAGCUCCAUACAGCGCUUCAGCCAAUUAGUGGCCCGCUUUAUCAACUCCGGUUCUACGGCCUAAAACACUGUAGUUGCUAGCUAGAGUAGACACACAGUCUUCGUCAAUGAGGUAGGCCCAAUUAUAGUAUACGAAUUCUUAAUUCAACCAUUAAAAAAGCGGCCAAGUGCGAGUCGGACUCGCCCAUGAAGGGUUCCAUACCAUUUAUGACGUAUUAAAAAAACUACUGACUAGAUCUGGUUCAAACCAAUUUUCGGUGGAAGUUUGCAUGCCGUACUGAAGUCUGGUGCAAGAAGAAAAAACCGAAUGAUGAUAAUGUGCCUUCCAGUUCUAUAGUGGACACAACAGUUAGAUCAUACAGUUCCCGCUGUAACUAUCAUACAGAAGCAAAUAAUACCAAAAAUGAACAGCAUAGCACUGAAAAGGAACCCAUAAUGCAAUCUAUGGACAUACAUUGGCCAGUAAUAGACCCGACAGUAGAAAGCCACAAGUUGAAAGUUGAGUGUGCGCCAGAUGAGUUGAAUGGUUUGUCUGGAAACCGAAUCGUAGACAUUGCACAUGUCCUACAGUGGGCAUUCAUACUAGAGAGACACCGUUCACAAUGUGAAGGUAGUUGCAUUACUUAUGUUGCUGAAUUAAAAGAUGGCUUCAACAGCAUAUUUCUUUUCCAAUGUAGUAUGUGUAAAAAAGAAUUUAGAUACUGCAAUGAGAAUGGUCAGAAGUUGAAUAAAUCUUUUGUUUGGGGAACACUGACAGCCGGCAGUUACUAUACACAGGCCGCACACAUCACAAACUUGAUGGAUAUUCCUACAUUAUCUGCAAACAAGUUUCGCAAGAUCGAGAAAACUUUAGGUGAUGUCUGGAAAGAUCAUCUAAGUGACGAAAUAAAAAAAAACGGAGAACAAGAAAGGGCUAUUGCCAUACAAAAGAAUAAUGUUGAUGAAAAUGGUAUUCCAUAUGUGUCAGUGUAUGUCGAUGGUGGCUGGCCUAAGCGAUCCUAUGGUCAUGACUUCAGCUCUCCAUCAGGCAUGGUAAGGAGAGCUUAUAAUUUCGAAUGUAUAUUUUUUAUGUAUGUUCAUGCAUUACUUUUCCAUAAAUAUGUACUUUUUCAGGCCUGCAUUAUUGGCAAGGAAACAAAAAAAUGUCUUUUCCUAGGCAUAAAAAAUAAAUAUUGCUACCAUUGCCACAUUUAUGAGAAGGAGAAUAAGCCAGUGCCAGAGCACACCUGUUUCAAAAACUAUGAAGGACCAUCAACAGGAAUGGAGUCGGCCAUUGUUGUAGAGGGAUUUCAGAGGAGCCAAGAGAUGCAUGGUGUCCUAUAUUUAAAUUUUGUUGGGGAUGGUGAUUCUUCAGUAUAUGCACAACUGCGAGAAAAGGUCUCUUAUGGAGCGCAGAUUAAGAAAACUGAAUGCAAGAACCAUGUGGUAAAAACCUACCUAUAAUGUAUCCGACCAAUACUGCCGGUUGGCUUAGUUGGUAUUGUGACCUUGCCUGCGAAGACGAUGGUCAUCCCAGUAAGGGCAAUCAUUUGUGUGUUGAACACAGAUAUUUGUUCCUGUCAUGCAUGUUUUCUAUGUAUUUAAGUAUUUGUAUAUUAUAUAUAUCGUUGUCAGAGUACCCGUAACACAAUCCUUCUUGAGCUUACUGCGGGACUGAGUUAAUCUGUGUAAGAAUGUCCUAUAAUAGUAUUUAUUUAUUUAAUACUAAGUUUAGUCACUUUGUGUAGUCACACUACUAUACUUUGGUGUAUGAUAUCUAAUUUACCAUUUCAUAUUUCAUAGUGCCCAAUCAAGUUACCUAUAUAAUUCUGUUUCCGGAAAAUCUUCCCUUAUAUGCUGUAUAACAGUAUUGUUUACUUCCGUCAAUGUUUUUCAGGUGUUAUAGAGGAAGAAAAGGCCAUUGUGGAAAUUAAAUGUUUUCCGUCAUUGGCUCGCAAUAGCCAGGAUAUUUUUUCCGCAGCCAAAGAACGUAAAAAAAAUCCUAUAUGGGUGGAUGAUCGACACUGGAAAUUGACUAAUAAAUAAAAAACACAAUUACUAAUUUCAGGUUAGAACUACCUACGAUAAAAUAAUGUAAUUUUUAUUACAGUAUUCAUGAGAGACAGUUUUGAUAAUGGGUAUUCUGAUUGCAAAUCCAGGGCCAACUGCGGGUGACACAAAUGAUGAAAUGUUACUUCAUUUGUUACAUUUCCCCAAGUUAUGGCAUUACAGUUUUGGAAGUAGAGCGCGACGAAACUUUUAUAGAAAAGAUGUUGCCAAAACUAGUAAACUUUUAUAAAAAUUGUAUAUUGCCAGAGAUUGUACUGCGAAGAACAAGGAAAAAUCUAAAAUGUAUAGAUGUUUCUUUGUGGAGUAAAUGUAAAUAAAAAAACUGACUUAUUUUUUACCUUUUUAUGACUUUCAUAAGUGCAUUGUCAUAUUGAAAAAUAAACUAUCUUUAACUGAACUGUUCUUUGUCUGUGUCCCAUUGUAAUUCGCGCGUGAUUAGAAUGGGAUGGAACCUAGUCAUGGUGACUUGAAAUAUCGGAAAAAUUCAAAAUUAUGAAACCUUGUCUAAAUGAGGUCAUCGGCUAGAUUUGGUCUUACAUACCAUCUUAUUCUGUUUUUAGUAUUAAAUUUGUUAUAACGGCAACAGAAAUACAUCAUCUGUCUAAAUUUCAACUGUAGCUAUCACGGUUCAUGAGACACAGCCUGGUGACAGAUGGACAGUCAAGUCUUAGUAAUAGGGUCCCGUUUUUACCCUAUGGGUAUGGAACCCUAAAAAGAAGGAUUAUGAAAUAUCGAACUUAAAACCUUAGUCCUAACAAAGGCUAGUGAUAGUAUUGAAUUUAGGGCAUUACAAGAUGUGUAAUUUUUUUAUACUGGUAGAAGAUUAAAACACCAUAUUUAGUUUC